AUGUCGCAGAUUGAUUUCCGAAGAAUUGACGUCGACCAGUACGACCCAGACUCGUUCAUCUCUAAGGAGGAUCUCACUCCUCCCUGCAAGCCCGUCUCUGCCGCUGAGCAGCAACAGGUGGCCACGGAAAUCCGAGGAGCCAUUUCUCGAGGAGAGGCCAAGGCUGCCCUUCCCAUUGCGCUGGACUUUGCUCCUUACGGUGGUGAUGACAAGGUAAAGGACGCCCACCUCAAGUCUGUAAUUGAGGUUCUGAGCGCAACCAAAUCGGCCGAGAUCCCAUCCGUGGUCAAGGCUCUCAACAAGGAACAGCAGGAUGUGCUCAUCAAGUACCUGUACAAGGCCAUGGGCUCGCCACAGGGCCAGUCCCAGGGAGUCGGCGCCAUCCUACUUGCCUGGUACGAGAAGACCGUGGACAUCACCGGACAGGGAGCCGUCGUUCGAUACAUGUCUGAUCGACGAACUGUUUAA